AGAAUUUUUAAGAAAUAGUUCACUUCUGCCACGUGGCAAAUUUUUUUUGCAUAUGAGAGCUCACCAGCCGAGGACAGAACUGGAAAAUCACAGGUUCCCUCCGACUCCAGGGUUUCUCUGAUGUCGGUGACUCGGCCGAGUCCAACUCACCUUGAACGAGUCGGCCCUCCAGUAAUUAAACAACAAAGAGUUGUGAUACAGAACCAACAUGGUGAGAAGCUUGUGGGCAUAUCCCAUGAAAUAGGCUCCAAGGAGCUUGUGAUCUUAUGCCAUGGAUUUCGAUCCUCGAAGGAGCGCAUUCCUAUGGUGAACCUUGCUGCUGCUUUGGGAAAAGAAGGAAUCAGUGCCUUCCGCUUUGACUUUGCAGGAAACGGGGAAAGUGAAGGUUCAUUUCAGUAUGGUAACUACCGUAGGGAAGCUGAUGAUUUACGUGCUGUAGUACAACACUUUUAUGGGGAAAAACGUGUAAUUAUUGCACUUGUUGGACAUAGUAAAGGAGGAAAUGUGGUGCUGUUGUAUGCUUCAAAAUAUAAUGAUGUCCAUACCAUUGUGAACAUUUCUGGCCGCUUUUAUCUGGAGAGAGGCAUUAAAGGUCGUUUAGGUCAAGAUUUUUUACAAAGAAUCAAGCAAAAUGGAUUUAUUGAUGUUAAGAAUAAAGGGGGGAAGUUUCAGUAUCGUGUGACUGAAGAAAGUUUGAUAGACCGUCUAACUACGGAUACUCAUGCAACAUGCCUCUUGAUUCAAAAGGAUUGCAGCUAAUUGGCCAUUCAUUCGCCUUUUCAUGAUUUCUAGUCUGAAUUUCUAGCACACAUUGUAAUGUUGCUGCUACUACAGAGUGUUUACGGUUCAUGGUUCCUGUGAUGAAAUGGUGCCAGUGGAAGAUGCUUUGGCGUUCGCCAACAUCAUACCCAAUCACAAGCUACACAUUAUAGAAGGGGCUGAUCAUGAGUUCACUUCACACCAAGGUGAAUUAGCUUCAGUUGUCCUGGACUUUGUAAGAUCAUAUCCACCCUGCAGCAAAGGUAUAUCUGAGCAGUUACCACGAUCAUGCAUAAGAGCAGAUAAUUCUACCCGUUCGCGUCUCUGAUUGUCAGUCUGCAGAUUGAAGAAGCAACUGAGCGAUGAUAACGAAAUCAGAACUAAAUUGUUUGGGGUCAUAGACCUGAUAUUGCAAAUUGAGCUCUUCUAAUUCCACCCAUAUGGAGAAACAAGUUUGGCUCUCUUCUACCUGUAACAUGAUUAUUGAUUCAUAGGCUAUUGUUGAGAUUAGAAGAUAACAAAAGUUUAUAGUUACUGGAGAGCUUCUGUAUGGUUUCUUACAUUUAACUCAACAAGGAAACUGACUCCUGUAUUUAAUUAAUUUUAUGUAAUUUCCAUGCAAAGGAAAUCCAAUUUGUUGGUAAAAA